ACAUGCCGAGCUGCCUCAUAAUUGUUUUAGAGACGAGUUCAAUAAUUAAGCGAUAAAUAUACCAACAGAGUGGCGGCGAGCGGAGGACGGCAGUCGAGUGGCGGCCGCGUCGCGUAUCAGACAUUCGCGGCAAGUGAUGGACCUGAAGUUCAUUCGACAUUUUUGUAUCGGACAUCGAAGGAAUCUCACCGAACUGGUUCCCGCGCAACGCUGCGUUAGUACGCCGCUCUGGUCGCCGGCGCGCCUGCGCCGUUGCCGCCGCCCCAGCGCGCUCACCUCCUGCACAACGUGCGAUGAUCCACGUGGGUCGAGGAGAAUUAUGCGUGGGGCGUGCGCGUGCGCGGUGGUGUGCGCGUUGGUGGCGCUUUGCGCGGCCGCGGGGUUGGACGAGGCGACGCGCGCCGCCGCCGAAAAGCAGUUGCUUGCGCUGCUGGGACUGCCACGCCGGCCGCCACCUCGCAAUCGGCCGCCUCCGCCUGUGCCCCGCGCCAUGCGCCUGCUGUAUGAUGAACAAAACGCUUUUCCCGCCGCAGCGGCCAACACGGCGCGGUCUUUCUACCAUACGCCCACCGAUCUCGAUGACCGCUUCCCGGGCGAGCAUCGCUUCCGCCUAUUUUUUAAUAUAAGCGGUGUGCCAUCCGAUGAAGUCGCGCGUGGCGCGGACCUCAAGUUCCAAAGGGCCGUCGGUACGACGGGCAAGCAAAGAUUGUUGCUGUAUGAUGUCGUGCGACCUGGGCGGCGUGGGCAAACUGAGCCCAUUUUAAGACUUUUAGACUCUAUACCUCUUAGGCCCGCUGAAGGCAUCGUAACUGCAGAUGCUUUAGGGGCGGUUCGAAGAUGGCUGAAAGAGCCAAAACACAAUCAUGGACUAUUAGUGCGUGUUUUAGAGGAAGACUCGAUAAAUACAAAUGCAAAAUUCCCCCAUGUGCGAGUUCGAAGACGCACAACAGAGGAGAACGAAGAAUGGCGAGCAGUUCAGCCAUUACUUAUGCUCUACACUGAAGAUGAAAGAGCGAGAGCCGCAAGAGAACUCGGCGAGACGCGAUUAACGCGAAAUAAACGAGCUACGCAGCGAAAAGGUCAUCGGGCUCAUCAUCGGCGUAAAGAAGCUCGUGAGAUUUGCCAGCGACGACCACUAUUCGUUGAUUUCGCUGAUGUUGGCUGGAGUGAUUGGAUCGUAGCCCCACAAGGUUACGACGCGUAUUACUGCCAAGGAGACUGUCCCUUCCCGUUGGCGGAUCAUUUAAACGGCACAAAUCAUGCGAUCGUGCAGACUCUUGUUAACUCAGUGAACCCCGCAGCGGUGCCAAAAGCGUGUUGCGUUCCUACGCAACUUUCUUCUAUAUCAAUGUUAUAUAUGGACGAAGUGAACAAUGUGGUGCUUAAAAAUUAUCAAGACAUGAUGGUAGUUGGUUGUGGUUGCCGAUGAUGAAGGCGUCACGGCCUCGUGCGGACCUAGUGAUAAAUCGUGGACCCAGUGUACAUAUAGUAGUGGCCUCGAAAAUUGUACAUAUUCUAUUUGUAUAUAUAAUCGUGUAAUUAUUAUUUUAUUGAAAGAAUACUGAUCUAAUAAAAG